AUCGCAGAGAGCGACGAGAGCUCGUCGCGCGAGCGACCGACUUCGAAAUACACACAAUACGUGGGCGUGCUUGUGGCGACACUCGGCGCGUUCUCGAUUGGCACGUAUUUGUCGUGGACGUCGUCCGCUUUGCCAUUUUACAACAAGAAUGACACGUUGUCUGUCAGCGAUCAGGAAGGUUCCUGGAUUUCUUCCUUGGUCCCGCUCGGCGCUAUCCCGACCGCUAUUCCAGCGGGAAUGUUGGCAGAUAGAUUUGGUCGGAAGAAGACAAUUUGGGUGACAACCUUACCUUUAUUUUUAUGUUGGUACAUUGUUGGAUUCGCGCAGAGUAAGAUAUGGGUUUUCCUAGCUCGGUUUAUUGCGGGGGCAGCAUGCGGCGCAGCAUCCGUCGUUGUUCCCAUGUUCACUUCUGAGAUUGCCGAGCAGAGCAUUAGGGGCUUGCUUGGCACCAUUUUUCAGUUGCAGAUUACUGCCGGAAUUCUCUUCGCGUAUGCUACUGCUUUUACCGAUAGCUUGCACGUCAUCGCGAUACUUUGUUCCAUGGCGCCCGCUUUGCUUUUAAUUUUCUUCCCGUUCAUACCGGAAUCACCGGCAUGGCUGGUCAUGCAAGGUCGGAAAAACGAGGCGUGUGACGUGCUGAAAUACUUUAGAGGGAUGCACUACCGCACCGAGACGGAACUGGCCAGCCUUGAGCUCCAAGCAUCAGAAACGCGAGAUGCCAGAGCCAGUAUUUUGGAUUUGAGAAAUUAUCGCAAAGCCACCUACAUUGUACUCGGCCUAAUGGUUUUCCAACAACUUUCCGGCGUUAACGCUCUGAUAUUCUAUGCAAAAAGAAUCUUCGACCACGCGGGUUCAAUUCUGAGCUCGUCCACGUCGUCGGUAAUCGUCGGUGUCGUACAAGUGAUCGCCACUUACUUUUCGACCGUUAUGAUCGAGCGCAUUGGCAGAAAACUAUUAUUGUUCAUCAGUGCGUCAGUGAUGGCCAAUUGUAUGUUCAUAUUGUCGGGAUACUUUCGUUUUCAGAAAUCGUACGAUCUCUCGAAUUUCACCUGGCUUCCUCUGCUCUCAUUCGUGAUAUUCAUCGUGAUUUUCAGCAUUGGCUUCGGUCCUAUACCGUGGUUGAUGGUCGGCGAGUUGUUCACGAACAACAUGAAGAGCGUAGCGAGCACUGCCACUGUGAUAUGUAACUGGACGCUGACUUUCCUGGUGACGAAAUGCUUUCAGGACAUGGUGGAUCUCAUGGGACUCUCCUCGUCAUUCGCCACAUUCGGCAUGAUAAGUUUAAUCGGAACCAUAUUCGUCUCUGUGAUAGUGCCGGAGACGAAGGGCAGAAGUGUCGAGGAGAUCCAGAUCGAAUUGUUGCAAAUUAGAGUCCCGAGGGAGACGGCGGCAAGGGAAACGUGACAAACCCAUAACGAAGUCAUGGGAAAACGAAAUAAUCAAAAUGCUCAAUUGUGAAAUAUGAUUGUGAUUCGCGUGUAUCACGAAUAUUUUACAAGUUGCCAGUAAUCAGGACUGCAUAAUUAGUAUUUGAUUUCGAAAAAUGUGAUUUUAAAAUAUGAAUAAAAUAUGAAUAAAAAGAAAUUUCCUUA